AUGGUGCUGAGGCCGCGUGACCUGCCGCCCAUCACUGGAGGCAUGUGGGGCAUCAUUAUUGCAUGUGGUGCUGAGGUGUGGCAUUCGAUGCUGAGGUGUGCCAUGCGUGCUGAGGUGUGGCGUGCGGUGCUGUGGUGUGGCAUGAGGUGUGGCAUGCAUUAUGGUCGGUGUUGGAGCGGGGUGGUGGAUGGCAUCAGCUUCCAUGCGCAUGAGAGGAAAGGGGAGAGAUGUGUGGUGGAUCAAAGAGGUGUGUUGCACGCCCGAUCAAGAGGUGUGCUGCCUGGCCCGGUCCCUUCCCUUCCUUUCCCCUCCCUCCACGCCCAUCCUCUUCCCUUCCUUUCCCCUCCCUCCAUGCCCAUCCUCUUCCCUUCCUUUCCCCUCCCUCCAUGCCCACCCUCUUCCCUUCCUUUCCCCUCCCUCCACGCACAUCCUCUUCCCUUCCUUUCCCCUCCCUCCACGCCCAUCCUCUUCCCUUCCUUUCCCCUCCCUCCACGCCCGUUCCCUUCCGUUCCCUUCCCUUCUUCCCAAGUCCCCUCCCAACCCCCUCCAAUCGUUACAUUCACUUCCAUUCGCUUCCCUUGUUGA